AUGAGCGCCGUAGCUGCGCGCGAGUGGAUGGCAGGCUCACUCAUGUCAAUCAUCUUGACAGAUAUUAGACACUCAGCUUGUGCAAAGCACUUUGGUAGCUUGUGGAACGUUGUUGUCAAGUUCUCGGUGAAUACUCCGGAGAUUAUCGUUCUUCCAUUGGCCUUCCCUUCAAGUUUUGUUAGUGACCUUUGUCUUAACGAUCCUAGGAAGAUGUAUUUCUCAUUACAACUGGGAGUAGAUGUCUUCUCGGAACUCCCUGGUUGUCAUUUGGCGUCUGCCAGUGAAAUCAUCAUCGUUGCUUACAUUUUCCUUGGGCUAUCUGAAACCGUUAUGGCCGUCUUGACGGCAAUCAAGGCGUACCGCCAUUUUCAAAACUCACGAUCCGGUUGGAUCACAAAACUCUACCGCGAAGGGCUUUUAUUCUAUCUUUACCUUGUUUCCAUUUCACUUGCUAAUGUCCUUGUUCCUAUUCUUGCUCCAUUGGCUCGCGACUCCACAACGAGUUAUGCAUUCAGUUCUUUGCAACAGAGUGUUGCUGCAUAUUUUCAAACAACGGCAGGCGUCAGUCAUGGUCAACCGAUUACCUAG